AUGCUGUUACUUCAACUCCAAGGCAACUUUCCUCCAUCUCCCGAGAAUGGUCAGCUGGUCCUAAGAGUUCGCUUUAAGAACCCCGGCGAGAUUUAUUUCACCCGUGUCGAGUAUGGAUGGAGCGACACUGCUACUUCUAAUGAUAUAAGUUUGCGAGGCUUCGUGGCCUCUGACGGAAAGAGAGCCCAACCACGACAUCCAAAAGAUUUCCACGUCAUUGGGAUCGUUGAUUUGUUGCCGCGCAAGAGUCAAUACACCCCGGCUCCCGCAUCAGCUUUUGGACCUACCGGGGAGCCGAUUAUGACACGGGAGCAUUGGGAAGAUGACCUUGAAUCGGUAUUGAUGGAUAGCAAAAGUCACCUCGAUCAUUGCCAAAAUAACCACCAAUGUCGACCGCGAACAGACGAGUUUCUGCCAACAAGAUUGGUUAAGAUUUGUCGGGACCAUGGGAGAGUCACUGCAAAGAUUCAUAUCACCCAGAAAGGGGAAUCCCUUCAAUAUGCUGCGCUGUCUUACGUAUGGGGUCAUGUGAAGCCAGUCGUGAUCGAUGGAACCACCAUGGAAACCUGGGCUCAACAGCUGCCGGUUGCAAAGCUACCAACGACCUUACAGGAUGCCCUCAUGGUUACCCUCAAUCUUGAUCUUCGAUAUCUGUGGGUAGACUGCCUGUGCAUCUUGCAAGAUGAUCCCGAGGACAAAGCUCGCGAGAUUGCCAAGCUCCCACAGAUAUUUGAGAAUGCCUAUGUCACCAUUUCAGCCGCGGGGUCCAGAAGUUGCGAUGAAGGUUUCCUGCCCCGAAUAGGAUCUCGCGCCAGCUCGCUGCUGGCGCCCCGGCUGACAAUGAUAGACUUGAUGAACAAUCCUGAGCAGUUAUUCGUACGACCUUCUGGACGGGAAUUUGACCAAGACAAUCAGCCAAUCCACAAACGAGCGUGGACACUACAAGAACACGCUCUAUCUCCUCGAACAUUGAUAUUUGGCACCGGGCACGUCAAAUUUGUCUGCCGAGAAGGGAGUAAAGUGAUUUCAGGAAAAGACUAUCUGCGAGCUAUCAGAGUUCAUUUAAGCUUGCCAACGAUGAACAAGAUUCACAGUCCCCGGGAAAGAUGGUACGACACUGUCAAAGAUUACACUCGUCGCAUCCUCUCGGACCCAAAUGACAGACUUCCGGCUAUAUCUGGCCUUGCGCAGAAAUUCUCCAUCAUCCUGGAAGACAUCUACCUCGCUGGACUCUGGAAGAACAGUUUACUGGCGGAUUUGCACUGGUUCGUCUUUGACCAUGGUUCCGAUCUUGUGGAUAGUGCGGUGAAUCGAUUACCAGGUCCUACUUGGUCUUGGGCAACAUCAAGGUCUGAGAUUUUGUUCCCUUCGGAUGGCGAAAUCAACACCGAAGCAUCAUACUUUGCCACCGUUAUUGACUGUACAGUUAAACCGGCCAUUGCUGAUCUCCCAUUCGGUCUGAUAAUAUCAGGCCGUCUGAAAUUGAAAGGACAUUUCUUCAAAGCAUGUUUUAGGAGCGCGAAUACCUCGGGUGUAUCUAGGAGUUACCAGGGCAAACUUUCUGGAAACGCUGGCGAGUUUGGAGGAUCGAUCACCCUCUAUCCGGAUGGUAACAACAAUGCCUUUCAGAACGGCAAGGAUGGACUCGUUGAAAUCACCUGCUUGGAGCUCAGUGAAAGAAGGUUCUCCCCAUGGGCCGCCAACCGUGGGCCCAUGAUUGGUUUUGAAGUCUGGGGCCUCCUUCUCUGCAAAGCCGAGGCAGGUUUCCAGAGAAGUGGUCUGUGGACGUACUGGUAUUCAAGCAAGCUCAACUGGUCUGGUGAAAGGGCGCAGAUGCUGCAUCUGGAGUGGAAAGAAUGCAUCAGGAAUCUGCGAGAGAAAGUUGUGACUAUCACGUAA